UCGUGUUCUCACCUGUACGGAAGUGCAUAUAAAGGCUGGGCAAGUAAGCGCACGCGCUGAGUCAGUCCGUCCAGGUGAUAUCGAACCGUCAGCUCUCAACUAACUGAUCGCGUGUGUUGAGAAGCUGUGUGAAUAUGAACUUUAUUUUAUCUCCUGUGAUCAGAAACCGUGAGGACUAAUGGGGAUUGUUUCACUCUGCCUUGUCCUGAACUUUUGGCUUAGCACUGUCGGAGGGACGUGUUCUCAAAUCAGCGCCUUCUCCUGUGACGAGUGUCUGCAGCUCGGGCCACAGUGCGCGUGGUGCACGCUACAGAAUUUCACAGACUUUUUCUCAAUCGACGAAAGAUGCGACACGCCGGAGACUCUUCUUCGGAAAGGAUGCUCGGGCAAGUUUGUGGAGUUCCCCAUUGCGAACGUCAAAUUGCUGAAGAAUCAAGGCUUAGGAAAGAAUGCCGGUCACGUCAAUGUUUCAUACAUAGCUCCACAGAAGAUGCGUCUUCAGCUUAGACCAGGAAGUCAACUGAACUUUCAGAUUCAAGUGCAAGAACCAGAAGACCAUCCAGUGGACAUCUAUUACCUGAUGGACCUGUCAGGCUCUAUGAUUGAUGAUCUGCAGAUGAUCAAAGACCUGGGCUCGGCUCUCUCUAAAGAGAUGGCUAGUCUUACAAGCAAAUUCAGACUAGGAUUCGGCUCCUUUGUGGAGAAACUGGCACUACCUUUCAUCAGGAUAACACCUGAGGAGCUGGCCAAUCCCUGCUGGGGUGUUGAUAAUGUUUGUCCGCCCACGUUUGGAUACAGACAUGUGCUGUCUUUAACAAGCAGCACAGACAAGUUUAAUGAGAUCAUCAAAAAGCAGCGAGUAUCAGCGAACAAUGAUAUACCAGAAGGUGGUUUUGAUGCCAUCAUGCAGGCAGCAGUGUGUGGGGAUAGGAUUGGCUGGCGAAACGAUUCCAUGAAGCUGUUGGUGUUCGUGAGCGACGCAGACUCUCAUUUUGGGAUGGACAGCAAAAUGGCCGGAAUCGUUGUCCCAAAUGAUAUGAAGUGUCACCUGGACAGCAAAAAUGAAUAUUCAAUGACUGCACACCUGGAGUAUCCAACAUUAGGGCAGCUUAUAGACAAACUGGUUGAAAACAAUAUCCUCCUCAUAUUCGCUGUGACUGACGAACUGAGACAAAACUACGAGAAUUACGCAAGUUUGAUUCCUGGUGCUACUGUUGGGGUGUUGGAAUCCGAUUCAAGGAACAUUUUGCAGCUUAUCAUGACGGCAUAUAAGGAACUGAGGUCAGAGAUUGAUCUGGAGGUUCUGGGUAACACAGAAGAUCUGCAGAUUACCUUCACAGCGCUCUGUCAGGACGGGACAAUCCUCCCGGGACAUAAAAACUGUUCUAAUGUCAAAGCUGGUGAUGUGGUAUCAUUUAACGUUACAGUGGAGUUAAAAGGCUGUCUUGACGGUCCCCGUUCCUUUUCCCUGCGACCAGUGGGCUUCCAAGAUUGGCUUGAUAUUGAACUUGAGUCUCAGUGUGUGUGUAACUGCCAUCAAUUUCCUGAACCAAACAGCACCCACUGUAGCCACGGGCAUGGAGCUUUGGACUGUGGGACCUGUGCCUGUGACCCAGGCUUUGUGGGACCAAAGUGUGAAUGCACAGAGGGCCAAGACCAAGUCAGUAACUGCAGAUCUCACGAAGGCGCAGAGAUGUGCAACGGGCAAGGCGAGUGUUUCUGCGGACAGUGUUUAUGUCACCCGUCCAGUUUCGGGCGGGUGUAUGGGAUGUACUGUGAGUGCGAUGACUUCUCCUGCCUCCGGUUCCGGGGAGAGCUUUGUGGAGGUCAUGGUGAGUGUGACUGUGGAGAAUGUCGGUGUCACAGUGGUUGGAUGGGAGAGUUUUGUAACUGUAGCACCAGGAAUGACUUGUGUGUAUCCGCGGAUGGAUCGGUCUGCAGCGGACGUGGCAGGUGUGUGUGUGGAAAGUGCGAGUGCACCGUUCCAGGAGCCUCAGGGGAGCGUUGCGAAAGAUGUCCUACCUGUGGAGAAAUCUGCAAUACACACAGGUCUUGUGUGGAGUGUUACCUCAAAUCUAAGGAGCCAUCAUACCAGUGCGCUUCAAAGUGUAACUUGCUUCAUGCCUCAGUCAGCAAUUCCUCAGAUUUUGAGGACAAACGGACGGCGAACUUGUGCACCUUGCAGAGCGAAGACAACUGCCUGCUGUCUUUCACUUUAGUGCACAGCGAUCACGGCAGCACCAUUUACAACCUCAGGCUCUACGACUGUCCUGAGCCUCCAAAUGCACCAUUGAUCGCUCUGGGCGUGAGCAUGUCUGUUCUCAUCAUCGGCAUUACUCUCCUGGUGAUUUGGAAGUUUCUUAUUUCUGUCCACGAUCGGAAAGAGGUCGCCAAGUUUGAGGCGGAAAAGGCAAAGGCAAAAUGGCAGACGGGCACGAAUCCGCUUUUCAGGAGCUCAACAUCGACCUUCAAAAAUGUGACUUACAAAAGUGCAGGGCAGCAGAAGAGUGAUAUUUCUUCAGGCUACUGAACAGAACUUAUUAACAGAGAAUUUUCUGCAUCUGUUUACCAGAAACGAUUACUGUGUAUAUAUUUUUUGUUAUUAUUUAAGUUGAUUUUGUGUGUGUGUGUGUGUGUUAGUGUGUGUGAAUGUGUGCAUGCAAGAGUUUGCGUAAGUAUGGUACUUUUAAAAAAAACUGGCAGUGAAUUUAUUUUGAUAAAAUGUAAAUAAUUUUUAUGCAUUUUUUGCUGCUAAACAUGUGUAACGUUUUAAUACUUCAUGUUAAAUCUGGGGAACACUGGAUCUUCUUGUUUUACAGUUAGCUUUGGUUGUGGUUUUUACUGUAAAGCAAUGACUUGUACUGUAUGUGUGUCUCUCUAGUUGUUUAUGCCGUUUCUGACUAGUAAUUUGAGGCUGAGCCUUAAAGUGUGUAUAAUUAGAUGUAUGAUAUAAUGAUUAAUUAUGAUUUUGCUGGAUCAAAUCAAGUCUUGUCUAUGUACUACUUUUGUUUUGUAAUAUAUUUUGUUUUCCCACA